CGUUUGCAAAAAAUCGAUCAACAAAGCUGUCAUAAUUUUCUUCGCCGUCGUCGGAGGGUCAUAUGACAUCAAUGAUCAAGUGACUGUGUGUAGCAGCGAGUAAGAAAACUGAAAAAUUCACGUUAAAAUAUAAAGAGAACGAUGCGGUACACACUCGGUUACACCUUCGCAGGAUCAUUGGUAUCUGUGUCAACAGUGCUGAUUCUGUACCAUGUCCUCACAGGUAAGGGCGAGCGGGUCAGUGUUGGAUGGUUCCUGGAGGAAACCUCCCCGUACAUGUGGGCAACACUCGGAAUUGCAUUCGCGGUGGCUCUAUCCGUCGUAGGCGCCGCGAUGGGAAUACACACAACCGGAGUCAGCAUCGUCGGAGGUGGCGUCAAGGCCCCAAGAAUCAAGACCAAAAAUUUGAUCUCGGUUAUUUUUUGCGAGGCGGUCGCUAUCUACGGUUUGAUCACUGCUAUCGUUCUCUCCGGUAUGCUGGAGAGCUUUUCCUGGUCAACGGUGGUCGCCAACGAUAACAUCCGGAAUAACAACUGGUUCUCCGGUUAUGUAAUGUUUGGUGCAGGUCUGGCAGUUGGAUUGGUCAAUCUGUUUUGCGGUAUUGCUGUUGGCAUUGUGGGAUCCGGAGCUGCUCUAGCCGAUGCUGCCAACUCUACCCUUUUUGUGAAAAUUUUGAUUGUGGAGAUUUUUGGAUCGGCUAUUGGAUUAUUCGGGCUGAUUGUGGGUAUUUAUAUGACUUCAAAAGUUAAGAUGGGAGAUAAAGAAUAAAGUUUAACUCGUGAAAUGCUAGGAAAGACCAUAGCCAAGAGCUAUCUACGAAAGGCAUCUAUGCUGAAGUUUAACUGUACUACCUACAAAGUGCACCAAAUGGCCAUUCCAAAUCUUAAGAUAAAGACUUUGACAUCCUCAGCUGCACUACAUCCCAACAGCUACAUUAACGUUCUUCUAUUUGCUGUGUAAAAAUAUUUCCAGUAUAUUUCUCUGCUAUUCUACGAUGUAACUAAACGGAUGUAAAUUAUGCCAUUUAUUUUUGUUUUAUUAUUUUUCCGUUAUGUUGGGAACUGCGAGAAGUAAAAAUGCUCGUAUAAAAGUAAUGAUUUAAGCGAAACUACAGAUAAACAUUAAAAUUAAUUCAUGUGUAACGAACGCAAAACCAUCAGAAAUAUUUGUAGAUCAACAACAAAUGUGUACCACAAUAAACGUUUAAAAUAUCAAA